CGUAUAAAAAGACGGACUCUUUCUGUCUGAAAAAAACAAAAACCAACCAACCCUCUGGAAGCACAGGACCUUCGUUUGCACCUCACCUUAUCUUGGAUUUGUAAGAAGCCUCCAAGGACGCAAGAUGCCACUUUCAAGCAGCUCCACGUCCUCCUCCAAGAGCCUCCGCAGGGCGGCAUCCGAGCUGGAGAGGUCGGACUCUGUCACGUCCCAAAGGUACCUGGGAAGACGGCAGAGCUUGAUCGAUGACGCUCGGAAGGAGCGGGAAGCCGCCGCCGCCGCCGCCGCCGCCGCCGCCGAGGUCGCGGAGGCCAGCGAGCAGAUUGUCUUCGAGGAGGACGACGGAAAAGCCCUCCUCAACCUCUUCUUCACUUUAGUCAGCAACAAGACGUCCGUCCUGUCGAGGACGCUGAAAGUUUUUGAGACAUUUGAAGCAAAGAUCCAUCACUUGGAGACGCGGCCGUGCCGCAAGCCGAAAGACAGCCUUCACCGCUUGGAGUACUUUGUCCGCUGUGAGGUUCACCUCUCAGACGUCAGCACCCUCAUCAGCUCCAUCAGAAGAAACGCAGAAGAUGUCAAGACCACCAAAGAAGUCAAAUUUCACUGGUUUCCAAAGAAAAUAGCAGAUUUGGAUAAAUGUCACCAUCUGGUCACCAAAUUUGAUCCAGACUUGGAUCAUGAUCAUCCUGGUUUCACGGACCCAGUCUACAGACAGAGGAGAAAAAUGAUCGGCGACAUCGCCUUCGGAUACAGACAUGGCGAGCCGAUUCCAAGAGUGGAUUACACAGAAGACGAAAUCGGCACAUGGCGGGAAGUCUUCUCCACUCUGAGGGACUUGUACUCCACCCAUGCGUGCAGUGAGUACCUCGAGGCCUUCUGUCUGCUGGAAAAGCAUUGUGGGUACAGUCCAAACAACAUUCCUCAGCUGGAAGACGUGUCCCGCUUCCUGAAAGAGCGUACCGGCUUUCAGCUGCGUCCGGUGGCAGGUUUGCUCUCAGCGAGAGAUUUCCUCGCCAGCUUGGCAUUCCGGGUAUUCCAGUGCACCCAGUACAUUCGACACGGUUCCUCUCCGAUGCAUUCCCCGGAGCCCGACUGCGUCCAUGAACUUCUCGGCCACGUCCCCAUGUUGGCCGACCGCACGUUUGCCCAAUUUUCCCAGAAUCUCGGCCUGGCAUCUCUUGGCGCUUCAGAUGAAGACAUUGAGAAACUAUCCACACUCUACUGGUUCACUGUGGAGUACGGCUUGUGCAAACAGAAUGGAGAAGUGAGGGCUUACGGUGCUGGACUACUUUCUUCUUAUGGAGAGCUUGUGCACUCUCUUUCCGAUGAACCGGAGACCAGAGAGUUCUGUCCGGAAGUUGCAGCAGUGCAGCCCUACCAAGACCAAACAUACCAACCGGUCUACUUUGUAUCCGAGAGUUUUUCUGACGCAAAGGAGAAAUUCAGGACAUACGUUGCCGGUAUCCCCCGCCCCUUCUCGGUGAAGUUCGAUCCAUACACCAGCAGCAUCGAGGUCCUGGACAACCCCUUGAAGAUCCAAGGAGGCUUGGAAGGAGUGAAGGAUGAGCUGAAGAUGCUGACAGAUGCCCUCAGUGUUUUGUCCUGAGAACGUACCAUCCCGACGUGCGGGGACGCUGUCUUCAUCUGCUGCCGUUUGCGUCCUCUCUGCCUGACAUGUGUCAUGAUCGGUUCUUGUACGUCUGCUUUGGUGCUGUUUGGGUAUCGCUAUCGUCGUGGCUGGCAACAACCGCUAAAACCUCAAUGUCGGCGUUCUAGAUGAUGUUUCCAAAGAUGUUCAAUGCCUGUCUUGGUGUUUAGAGGCAAUAGCGCUCAUCCGGGCUGUCAAAGAAAUUGUGUCAUAACGGUAGAUAAUUAGGAAAUAUUAUUUUAUUCUUUAUUAUUUUAAUCACAUCACAUCACAUUAUAAUCACAUUUAAACAUAAAUAUGGACUCCAAGCAUCAUUGGCGCAACUUGGCUCGUGCCAUUACAUUCCAGUGAAUUCCAAUAGGCAGAUUGUUUGUGACAUUUGGUUCCACUUGGUAGACACAAACAUUUUUAAACAUUUUGAAAUGUUCUUGCCUCCAAACUCAAUUUUUGCCACUGUUAUAAGCCACCACGAGCCAGUUGGAGCCACUGCAUGCCACUAGGCACCUUAUUGGUGACACUGCGCGCCACAGCAAAUUGCAUUGGCGCGAACUGGCGCGAACCGGCGCGAACUGGCGCGAACUGGCACCAACUGGCGCCGGCCCAGUGGACUCCAAGCAUCAUUGGUGCAACUUGGCUCGCGCCAUUACAUUCCAGUGGAUUCCAAUAGGCGGAUUGUUUGUGACAUUUGGUUCUAUUUGGUAGACACAAACAUUUUUAAACAUUUUGAAAUGUUCUUGCCUCCAAACUCAAUUUUUGCCACUGUUAUAAGCCACCACGAGCCAGUUGGAGCCACUGCAUGCCACUAGGCACCUUAUUGGUGACACUGCGCGCCACAGCAAAUUGCAUUGGCGCGAACUGGCGCGAACCGGCGCGAACUGGCGCGAACUGGCACCAACUGGCGCCGGCCCAGUGGACUCCAAGCAUCAUUGGUGCAACUUGGCUCGCGCCAUUACAUUCCAGUGGAUUCCAAUAGGCGGAUUGUUUGUGACAUUUGGUUCUAUUUGGUAGACACAAACAUUUUUAAACAUUUUGAAAUUUUCUUGCCUCCAAACUCAAUUUUUGCCACUGUUACGGGCCACCACGAGCCAGUUGGAGCCACUGCCUGCCACUAGGCACCUUAUUGGUGACACUAGGUGCCACAGCAAAUUGCAUUGGUGCGAACUGGCGCCGGCCCAGUAAACUCCAAGCAUCAUUGGUGCAACUUGGCUCGCGCCAUUAUAUUCCAGUGAAUUCCAAUAGGCGGAUUGUUUGUGACAUUUGGUUCUACUUGGUAGACACGAAGAUUUUAAACAUUUUGAAAUUUUCUUGCCUCCAAAUUUUUGCCACCACGAGCCAGUUGGAGCCACUGCAUGCCACUAGGCACCUUAUUGGUGACACUAGGUGCCACAGCAAAUUGCAUUAGCGCAAACUGGCACCAACUGGCACCGGCCCAGUGAACUCCAAGCAUCAUUGGCGCAACUUGGCUCGUGCCAUUACAUUCCAGUGGAUUCCAAUAGGCGGAUUGUUUGUGACAUUUGGUUCCACUUGGUAGACACAAAAUUUUUUAAACAUUUUGAAAUUUUCUUGCCUCCAAACUCAAUUUUUGCCACCGUUACGGGCCACCACGAGUCAGUUGGAGCCACUGCAUGCCACUAGGCACCUUAUUAGUGACACUGGGCGCCACAGCAAAUUGCAUUGGCGCAAACUGGCGCGAACUGGCACCAACUGACGCCGGCCCAGUAAACUCCAAGCAUCAUUGGCGCAACUUGGCUCGUGCCAUUACAUUCCAGUGGAUUCCAAUAGGCGGAUUGUUUGUGACAUUUGGUUCUACUUGGUAGACACGAAGAUUUUAAACAUUUUGAAAUUUUCUUGCCUCCAAAUUUUUUCCACUGUUACAAGCCACCACGAGCCAGUUGGAGCCACUGCAUGCCACUAGGCACCUUAUUGGUGACACUGGGCGCCACAGCAAAUUGCAUUGGCCAAACUGGCACCAACUGGUGCCGGCCCAGUGGACUCUUUGUUCUCUUUCGCCACUCAGUUUCAAACCCAUUCUUAAGUUUAGAGCUUGCUAUGCUAGCAGUGGCUGUCUCUCGUGUUAGCAGAGAUGUGGUGUAAACAAAGAAUAGCGGGCGUGUAAAGGUGACAAUAGGGGGGGGGGGUUAUUUCAUGUCGCCAACGACCAAUUAACCCCCAUCAAGGAGGGGCCAUUGUAGUUGCUAUUGUAGAUACUAAAAUCUAAUUUCAGUGCAUCUAAAACAAAAAUAAAUAUAUGAUAAAUACAGCUUGUGGAUUAUGUGUUACGGAUUGAAAACAGUGGUUUAUGUAUUAUGUAUAUAUGCAUCUUGCUGUCUAAAUAUGCGAUUAAAAAAAGUCAUU